UAUCAGCCAUCGAACUAGACUUGAGAUUUGAUUGGAAUUUAACCGAUCAGAAUCAGAAACAACCAACUUGAGUUUAGUAACUUUUGCUCUGAUUGGUCGAACUCCAAUCUAAUCUCAAUCUUAAUUUGUCGUCUGCGAUAUGGACUUUAACAAGGUCGAAGUCACAGCUGCAUCAAACCAAACCAAAUAGGACAUUGUUGAAAGAUGACAAGGACAGAAUUUAUGAGAAUUAGGUUGUGAUAAGUGUCAAAUACGUGACAUUGAAAAAUCGUCAAAUAAUCAGUAAACUCUUGUAAGAAAAAUGUCCCAAUCACGAAAUGUGCUGUAAAGCACAUCUUUGUAAAAUUAUAUUUAUAUGAAAAAACAAAGUUUUUCUCUCAAUAGAUAAAUGAGAAAAUCUUAAGUUUCCGGGAGUUUUGUGCAAAAUCUUUCUACAUGUGACAAAAAACGAUACUGUAUAUUUAUGUAGAAUAGAUAUCUACUUUGAGAAAAUAAUUUGUUUAAUUUAGAUUUUGUAAUAUUCACUGUAAUUGUUGUUUGAUACAAAAUGCAGUGUAAAAUUGAUGACCUACCUGAUGAAUUAUUAGAAUACAUUCUGAGCUUGAUACCACCCUACAAAGAUCUUCAGGAGUGCAAGCUUGUUUGUAAAAGAUGGUACAGAGCAACCAAAAAUGUGACAGAAUACAGUGAAGCACAUUUUCAAAAAUCUGUGGCUUGUGGAUUAUUAAUAUGGAAGUCAUUGUCACUUACUUGCCCAAUGUAUCCUACUAUUGCAAAGAGACAUUCUCAUUCAGCAUGUAUAUAUGAUAAUUCUAUGUAUAUAUUUGGUGGUUGCACAGCUACCUGGACAACUACAUUUAAUGAUUUGUGGAGGCUGGAUUUAGGAACAAGAACUUGGAUCAGACCAGUCACCAUGGGCAAUUAUCCAUCACCUAAAGCUUGUGCCACUAUGGUUUACUACAAGAAGAAUUUUAUUUUGUUUGGAGGAUGGUCCCAUCCAUCACCUUAUCCCUUGCAUCAGCAAUGGAAAUUGUUUAAUGAAUUACAUAUGUAUUCUAUAGAAUCCAAUAAAUGGACUGUUAUAAAUACAUUAGAAACCCCACCACCAAUUUCUGCACAUUCUGCAACAAUACAUGGAAAUAUAAUGGUUGUUUUUGGUGGAGCUAGUGGGAAUGGAUACAGCUCUAAUGAUGUAUGGUGUUUAAAUCUGGAUACAUAUAAUUGGCAUAAACAAACUACAUCAAAUGUAAAACCACAACCACGUUAUGGUCAAUCGCAAAUUGUACUUGGGAAGAACCAUCUACUUGUACUUGGAGGUUUCACAGGACCAAAUGCUGCUAUGAACGAUGCUUGGUUAUUGACAAUGGAAGGCACAUCAUGGACAUGGAAGAAAGUUAACAUGCUCAAUGCAGAAUGGGCGCCAACACGUAUUUGGUGUCAUCAAGCUUGUAAGGUAGGAAAUUAUGUUGUUGUAUUAAGUGCAAGCAGACAUCAAGUCAAGCCGAAUGACAUGAGUAUUUCAUUAAAAGUUGCUUCUCAAAGAAGCAUCUCGCCACGUAUGUGCGAAUCAAAUCAUGCAAGGCAAGGAAACUUGGCUAAUGUAGAUAGAGAUGAAAAUAUAAACGGACGACACGGGGCGUUCUCCAGAUCGCAUAUGCAAUGUGCACAUGCUUCAUCACAUGUACAAAAACCCAUAAAACAACCGACAAUUUUUAAUAACGACAGUACUUCAUACCUUGCUGCAUUUAACGAUCAAGUUGUGCGUAACAACUCCACUCAUCGACAACGCUUAGAAUUUUUAACAAGAAUGGAAGAAAAAUUUCGAAAACAUCAAAUGAAGAAAGUACUUAAAAAAUCCGAAAACACAUUAUCUAUAUUUGUAUUGGAUAUCACCAAUGUUCUGUCCGACGACUGUAGUGCUUCGUGGAUGCCAUCUAAGGAAAAUGAUCAUUCGGGACCUGAUGAGAGAAUUUUGUAUUCACUUGUGGUGGGGAAAAGAGAAUUGAUAGUCUUCGGAGGUAUCCGAAAAAACGAGCAAACAGUUAUCGAUACCUAUAAUACCGGUGAUUCUAUGGUAUAUAACGAUCUUCAUUUUAUAAAUCCACCUCAAUAUAUUAUUUAAUGUUAAUGAGCAAUCAAAAAUAUAUUUAUGUUACACACGUAAAUCAAAUCAAAAAUUUAUUGAUCAUCUUCAGUUUCGAAUUGCCCUAAAACUGUCACAUACCUUCCACACACGAUUUUUUCUUUACUAUUUCCUUUAAGAUCAGUAGGAUCUUUUCAAUUUCUUGAUUUUUCGCACACUUCGUUAAACUACUUGUGGAAAAAAAAGAAAUCCGCGUAUAAACAAUGGCAACUACUUUAUUACAUGUACUCGAUGUAAUUUCCAAUAAAUCCGUCAUAUUUCCAAAGAAUGAUAAUUGAUUAUUUACAUUAUUCGAACUUUGUGCAGAUAUAUUCAUCAUAGGGAAGGUGCCAUGGUUUGGUGCAAUAUUGGCUCAGCGAACCGGUUAAAGCUAGUCCAUACGCCAUUCUACGAUAUCAGAGGGAAGACUGAGAGAGCAGCCA